CUUCUCUCCCUCACCUUUCAUAACCUCCUCCUUUUAAAUUAUUAUUAUUGUUAUUUUCUUCCUCUGGUUACAUGACCAUGCCUCUCCACUGCCUUCUCCUCCUCCUACUAAUCAAUACCCUCUGUUCCGCUUCCGAGCCUCGCAACCCCGAAGUGGAGGCUUUGAUGAACAUUAAAGGAGCUCUUAAUGACCCGCACGGUGUGUUGAGCAACUGGGAUGAAUUCUCCGUCGACGCUUGCAGCUGGGCCAUGAUCACUUGCUCUUCUGAUUACCUUGUCAUAGGCCUAGGAGCGCCUAGCCAAUCGCUCUCUGGAACUCUCUCUCCUGCAAUUGGAAAUCUGACAAAUCUUAGACAAGUGUUACUACAGAAUAACAAUAUCUCAGGCAAAAUACCGCCGGAGCUUGGAACUCUUCCCAAUCUUCAGACUUUGGAUCUUUCUAAUAACCGAUUCUCUGGGGUCAUUCCACCCUCCCUGAGUCAGUUGAAUAGUCUUCAGUACCUGAGGCUGAACAACAAUAGUUUGUCUGGACCCUUUCCCGUGUCACUGGCGAAAACCCCACAGCUUGCUUUCUUGGACUUGUCUUAUAACAAUCUCAGUGGACCAUUGCCCAAGUUCCCAGCCAGGUCAUUCAAUAUUGUGGGGAACCCUUUAGUUUGUGGAAGCAGCUCUACUGAAGGUUGCUCUGGAUCGACAACACUUAUGCCCGUAGCAUUAUCUCAAGCAUCAUCGGAAGGAAAUCACAAGUCCAAGAAACUAGCAAUUGCACUUGGGGUCACUCUUAGUUGUGCUUCUCUCAUUCUCCUUACUUUUGGAUUAUUUUGGUAUAGAAAGAAACGACAGCAUGGAGCGAUUCUGUAUAUUGGUGAUUAUAAGGAAGAAGGGGUUGUUAGCUUGGGAAAUCUGAAAAGUUUUACUUUCAGAGACCUCCAACAUGCAACGGAUAAUUUCAGCUCCAAGAAUAUUCUUGGUGCUGGAGGCUUUGGCAAUGUUUAUAGGGGAAAGCUUGGAGAUGGCACAAUGGUGGCAGUGAAAAGGCUGAAAGAUGUGAAUGGUAGUGCUGGCGAAUCACAGUUCCAAACAGAGCUAGAAAUGAUCAGCUUGGCUGUUCACCGCAAUCUACUUCGCCUAAUUGGAUAUUGUGCUACUCCUAACGAAAAACUUUUGGUUUAUCCUUACAUGUCUAAUGGCAGUGUGGCCUCCAGGCUUAGAGGUAAACCAGCUCUAGAUUGGAACACUAGAAAGAGAAUAGCAAUUGGAGCUGCCAGAGGUCUUCUGUAUUUGCAUGAGCAAUGUGAUCCGAAAAUAAUACACAGAGAUGUAAAGGCCGCUAAUGUGCUUCUGGAUGACUAUUGUGAGGCUGUUGUUGGUGAUUUUGGCCUUGCAAAACUCCUUGAUCAUGCUGAUUCCCAUGUCACCACUGCUGUCCGUGGCACUGUUGGGCACAUUGCACCCGAGUACCUCUCCACUGGUCAGUCAUCUGAGAAAACAGAUGUAUUUGGAUUUGGCAUUCUCUUGUUAGAGCUCAUAACUGGAAUGACAGCACUCGAGUUUGGGAAAACGGUGAAUCAAAAAGGUGCUAUGCUAGAGUGGGUAAGUCUACUCUCUGCAACUAAAACAAACUGUUCAUUGCAUUCUAAGGUUAGGAAAAUACAGCAAGAAAAGAAGGUUGCAGAGUUGGUGGACAAGGAGCUAGGAAAUAAUUAUGAUAGAAUAGAGGUGGGGGAGAUGCUGCAAGUAGCUUUACUCUGUACUCAAUAUUUGACAGCCCAUCGCCCUAAAAUGUCUGAAGUGGUCCGAAUGCUUGAAGGUGACGGGCUUGCUGAGAAGUGGGCAUCAUCACAUAAUUUCGGUAAUCACGGCAUGAACCCCAGCCACAGUAACAAUAGCAAUUGUUCAUCUCGCCCUACCUCUGCAUCAGAACAUGAUAAUGUUCAUGAUCGUUCCAGCAUGUUUGGCACGACAAUGGAUGAUGAUGAUGAACAGUCUUUGGAAUCCUAUGCCAUGGAACUCUCUGGUCCUAGAUAAACAGUAAAUGGGAAAAGAAAACAGGAAGAUAA